GGAGACCACCUUCCUCAAUCAUCGAUUCGCUGCUCUCCACAUGUAUUUGUGUAGUCUCCCAUCCACAGGCCCCGCCCAGUGAUUACGGUUGCAGAGCAGAACAGUACUGUGAACGGAACAGUGACCAAAGUAAAUGGAGAAGAGACCGAGAAAGCUGUCCAGAGACAAAGCGGACUUGGCCGCAACACUCCGCAAAUCGUGGUACCGCCUGAGAUUGUCGGUGCGCCACCCAACUAGGGUUCCGACGUGGGACGCCAUCGUCCUCACUGCGGCCAGUCCCGAGCAGGCUGAGCUCUACAAUUGGCAACUUAGCCGAGCCAAGCGCAUGGGCCGCAUCGCCGCCUCCACCGUCACUCUGGCCGUCCCCGAUCCCGACGGACGCCGGAUCGGCUCCGGUGCGGCCACUCUCAGUGCCAUUCUUGCCCUUGUUUGCUACUACCAAAGCCUCGGCCUCGAUCUCCACCCACAGGUGGCAAAUGGAAAUAACAGUAGUGGAUUUGGAUCUUUUAGGCCACAUGAAAAGUCCAAGAAUGAACUUUCCCUCCUACAGAUGGUUAGCUUCCUUUCUAAAAGGCACAUACUGUUGCUUCAUGCAGGAGGUGACUCUAAAAGGGUUCCUUGGGCAAAUCCUAUGGGAAAAGUUUUCCUGCCACUUCCAUAUUUGGCAUCUGAUGACCCUGAUGGGCCAGUACCCUUGCUUUUUGACCAUAUACUUGCAAUUUCUUCUUGUGCAAGACAAGCUUAUAAAAAUGAAGGUGGGUUAUUUAUCAUGACUGGAGAUGUUCUUCCUUGUUUUGACGCCUCUACUAUGACUCUUCCAGAGGAUACAUCCUGCAUCAUCACUGUUCCUAUCACUCUUGAUAUUGCUUCUAACCACGGUGUUAUUGUUGCAUCCAAAAAUGGGAUUCCUGAUGGAGCUCACACAGUAAAUUUAGUUGAGCAUCUCCUUCAAAAACCAGGUAUAGAGGAGCUUGUUAAGCACCAGGCAGUUCUAGAAGAUGGUAGAACAUUGCUUGAUACAGGAAUGAUAGCGGUUAGAGGUGAAGCAUGGAAGGAUCUUGCUAUGCUCUCUUGUUCCUGCAAGCCAAUGAUUUCAGAGCUUCUAAAGAGUGGAAAAGAGAUGAGUUUGUAUGAAGAUCUUGUAGCGGCUUGGGUUCCUGCCAAACAUGAAUGGUUGCUGUCACGCCCUUUGGGUCAGGAGCUUGUCAACAGAUUGGGAAGGCAAAGGAUGUUCAGCUAUUGUGCUUAUGAUUUGACUUUCUUACAUUUUGGAACUUCAAGUGAAGUCUUGGAUCACCUAAGUGGGGCUUCUUCAGGACUUGUAGGUCGGAGACACCUUUGUUCCAUCCCUGCAACCACUGUUUCUGACAUUGCUGGAUCUGCUAUUAUUCUUUCCAGCAAGAUUGCACCUAGUGUCUCAAUUGGGGAAGAUUCUCUUAUUUAUGAUUCUUCCAUUUCAGUUGGGAUACAAAUUGGUUCCCAAUCUAUAGUUGUUGGCGUUAAUGUGCCAGUUUCCGAUGAUAGUGUAACAAACCCAUUCAGGUUCAUACUUCCUGAUAGGCAUUGUCUUUGGGAGGUUCCUUUAGUAGGAUGCACUGGAAGAGUAACGGUGUACUGUGGCCUCCAUGAUAAUCCAAAAAAUUCUCUUCGGGAUGGAACUUUCUGUGGGAAACCCUGGAGAAAGGUUUUAGAUGAUUUGGGCAUUCAAGAAACUGAUUUAUGGAGCUCAAUAGGUACUCAGGAAAAGUGCUUGUGGAAUGCAAAAAUAUUCCCCAUUCUUUCUUACUUUGAGAUGCUCAGUGUUGCAACUUGGUUGAUGGGCCUUAAUGACCAAAGAAAUGAAUCAUUGCUUCCUUUAUGGAAAAAGUCACGUCGUGUUAGUUUAGAGGAAUUGCAUCGAUCAAUUGACUUUCCACAAAUGUGCCUAGGUUUUGGUGAUCAUCAGGCAGAUCUUGCAGCUGGGAUGGUCAAAGCUUGCCUCAAUUUCGGUUUGCUCGGGCGCAACUUAUCUCAGUUGUGUGAAGAAGUUCUGCAAAAAGAAGACUCAGGUGCCAAAAUAUGCAAAGACUUCCUAGGCUUGUGUCCCAACCUCCAGGCGCAGAACUCUAAGAUCCUUCCUAGAAGCAGGGUAUACCAGGUGCAAGUCGAUCUUCUUCGUGCAUGUGGUGAUGAACUAACAGCUUGUGAACUGGAGCACAAAGUUUGGGCUGCAGUGGCUGAUGAAACCACCUCAGCAGUGAGAUACGGCUUCAAAGAACAUCUUUUUGAAUCCUCUAAUAGAACAUUCACAAAUGAAAACCGGAGCAUUACUGCUGAUGAUCCCAUGGAUCAGUCUUUUUGCUCUAGAACAGUAAAGGUUGAGUUGCCGGUUCGUGUGGACUUUGUUGGGGGUUGGAGUGAUACUCCUCCAUGGAGCUUAGAGCGUGCUGGUUGUGUCUUGAAUAUGGCAAUAACUUUGGAGGAUUCUCUUCCAAUUGGCACCAUAAUAGAGACGACAAAAAAAACUGGGCUGCUAAUUAGUGAUGAUGCUGGAAACCAGGUACAUAUUGAAGAUUUUACCUCAAUUGCCACUCCAUUUGACAGCCAUGAUCCUUUCCGGCUUGUCAAAUCUGCCCUGCUUGUGACUGGUAUUAUCCAUGACAAGAUCCUUCUAUUCAUGGGCUUGCAAAUUAAAACAUGGGCCAAUGUUCCCCGUGGUAGUGGCUUGGGAACUUCCAGCAUCUUAGCAGGAGCUGUUGUCAAGGGACUUCUCCAAAUAACUGAUGGGGAUGACAGUAAUGAAAAUGUCGCAAGACUUGUUUUGGUAUUGGAGCAGCUAAUGGGAACAGGAGGAGGUUGGCAGGAUCAAAUUGGUGGUUUAUACCCUGGCAUUAAGUUUACUGCAAGUUUUCCAGGAGUACCAUUGCGGCUUCAAGUCAUCCCCCUGUUGGCUUCUCCUCCAUUGAUUAAGGAGUUGCAGCAACGCCUGCUGGUGGUAUUUACCGGUCAGGUUCGACUCGCACAUCAAGUCCUACAGAAGGUGGUGGUCCGAUAUCUCCAGCGUGAUAACCUGCUUAUAUCCAGUAUCAAACGUCUUACCGAAUUGGCAAAGAUUGGAAGGGAAGCUUUGAUGAACAGUGAUAUAGAUGAGGUAGGGGAAAUAAUGUUAGAAGCUUGGAGGCUGCAUCAAGAACUAGACCCUUUCUGUAGCAACGAAUUUGUCGAUGAACUCUUUGCAUUUGCUGACCGCUACUGCUGCGGCUACAAACUUGUGGGCGCUGGUGGCGGGGGCUUUGCGUUGUUACUGGCUAAGGAUGCCGGCUGCGCCAAAGAACUGAGCCAUUUGUUAGAGCAGGAUCCAAAGUUUAAUGUGAAGGUCUACAAUUGGAACAUCUUCUUAGACAGUUAAAAUAGUGUUGACAUUCGAUCGAUUCGCUAAGGAAUUUGAUAUUUGGUGCAUGUGCGCGUGUCAUCUUACGUGGUGGUUGAUUAUAUAUGUAAUAUUGUUGUAUAACUUCACUGGAGGUCAAUAAAGCAAACCAGCACUGGCGCUUAUUCUUUCAAAUUCAAUAAAGCGAACCGGCGCUGG